AUGAACUUGCUUCUAGCCGACCCCGAGGAGGCGGUCGAGUACAUUGAGCAAAUCACAAACACAAACACUAUACGCUCUGGCCACGCGACAUGCUUGCGCUUCAACAAGACGGGCGACUUUCUCGCCUCCGGGCGCGUCGACGGCACUCUGGUUGUCUGGGACAUUGAGACCAUGGGCGUUGCAAGGAAGAUGCGCGGCCACAACAGGAGCAUCACGUCGUUGAGCUGGUCGGGAUGCGGACGCUACCUGCUGUCUGCAUGCCAGGGCUGGAAAGUCAUUCUUUGGGACCUGCAAGAUGGGACAAAGUAUCGCGAGGUGCGCUUCAGAGCGCCGGCGUACAUUGCCGAGCUGCACCCACACAACCACAAUCUUUUUGUCGCGUCCCUCUUCGAAGCCCAACCCAUGCUUGUCGACGUUACCGAGCCCGUCGAAGUCAAGCAUGCCCUGACCUCUAUACCGAAGCGAUCGAGCGGAGACGGAGACGAUGCGCUGGCAGAGAAGCAUGCCAAGGAGGACGCGAAGCAGACGACGACCGUGACCAUCUUCACAGCAUCGGGUGACCACAUCAUCGCGGGCACCAACAAGGGCUGGAUCAACAUUAUCGACGUCAAGAGUCGGUCCGUUAUACACUCGGGAAAGCAGUGCAACGGCGUCAUCACGACGUUACGCUUGACUAGAUCGGGGCGAGACCUUUUGGUCAACUCUCAAGAUCGAAAAGUCCGAACGUUCUAUGUACCCGACCUCAACGCUAAAGACCUCGACGUCGAUACCCUCUACCUGAUUAAGGAGCACGAGUUCGAGGAUCAAGUCAACAGAUUGUCGUGGAAUCACGUCACAUUUACGGCGACAGGGGAAUAUGUGGCGGCGUCCACCUACAACAAUCACGAAAUCUACGUGUGGGAGCGUCGGACAGGAAGUCUGACGAGAAUAUUGGAUGGCCCAAAGGAGGAACAGGGCGUCAUAGAAUGGCACCCGCAACGUCACUUUCUGGCGACCUGCGGCCUCGAGACGGGCAGGAUAUACGUCUGGUCCAUCGUACCCGAGCAAAAGUGGGCUCGACUGGCACCCGACUUUGCGCAGGUGGAGGAGAACCAAGAAUACGUCGAGCGAGAGGACGAAUUCGACAUAUACGGACAGGAGGAGCUCACGAAGCGACGGCUGGAUGCUGAGGAUGAGGACGUCGACGUCGUGACUCCUUUCGAGAAUGGGGCUUUGGAGCAGCAAAACGCAGGCGAAGGAGGGCGCCAGGGCAAAUUUCGAAUGCCCAUCCUAUUUGACCUUGCCGACAGCGACAGCGAGGAGGAGUUCGUGGCCGUUUCGACCGGCACUAUGCGUAGGAGAAGCCCCGGUGCGGAUGGCGAGAUACUCGAUGACAUGUCGGCGGACAAGAAAGCGCCGGCAAAACGACGGGGUGCCAAGGGGCGGAAGAAAUAG